CAAAAGAAUCCAGGGCAAAACAUCACCUGAUGUUUUCUCAUUGAGUUGUUUUGUCUGCUAUUCAAUUCAGUUCAAUUCAAUUCAAUUUUAUUUGUAUAGCGCUUUUAACAAUGAACAUUGUCUCAAACCAUCUUUACGGAACAUAAACAGAAAAACAUGCAAACAUUCCUAGAUGUUAGACAAAAUUAUCCCUAGUGAGCAAGCCUGAGGUGACUGAGGCGACUGUGGCAAGGAAAAACUCCCUUAGAUGAUAUGAGGAAGAAACCUCGAGAGGAACCAGACUCAAAAGGGAACCCAUCCUCAUUUGGGUGACACUGGAGAGUGUUCCUUUCUGCAUUUAUGUAUAGUCAUAAUUUUAUGUGUAUAUUAAUUUAGAGAUUGUGCCAGCUCCAGUAGACAGAGGCCAACCCUACGAGGAUCCUGAGGCAUCCAGAGAUGGACCCGCUCCAGCUGGUUUCUGCCUCAUGAGGAUUUGGGUAUUCAAAGCAACGUUGCCAACCCUAUGUGGACUUUGAGGAAGAUAACAACCUCCAUGUGCCUCGGGAUGGGUAGAAGAAGGGAAAACAAGUGGAAAGGAAUUAGCGUAGCUGCUGUUCAUAAUAUUAGCAAGCACUAAAUCAUAAUGUGCAAUUAAUCAGAUGUACUGAAGUACAAGGUUAUGGUGUGUAUUAAGGUAUGUUGUUCUCUCAAACCUAGAUCUCACGAUAGGAGUCAAUUGAGUCAACUUUGAAUUUGAUGUAAUAGAGUGUACUGAGAAGUUUCAUUUUCAUAUACCCAAAAGUAGUCCAUCCUGUUUUCUGAAUGCACAAAAGGACUGUGUUAUUGUACUUUCUUCAUUUCCCACUGACGUGUGUGGAGCGAUUGGGCCCCACAGAUCAAGAUACAGCUCUAAAUUUUGAGCUUGCUCAGAUUUCUAGGUUAUGACAACACAGAAGAUGGCUUCAACUGGAGAUCCACCUCAAGAAUCAGAAUGUAGGAUUAUACUAAUUGGACCCAGUGAAGCUGACAUGGCUUCAACUGGAAACACCAUCCUUGGAAGAGAUAUGUUUGGCUCUCGGAAAAGUAGCAAGUGCAUAAAGAGGGAUGGAGAGAUAGCUGGUAGAAAAAUAACAUUGGUAGUGACACCUAAUCGAUGGUCCAGCCUUCCACCGAUCGACACCACAGAGCGUGAUAAGCAAGAGAUAAUGCUCAGCAUGCUUCUGUGUGAUCCUGGACCUCAUGCCAUCCUUCUAGUCAUUGGUGAGGAGAAGAUCACAAAGGACAUAACUCAGUCAAUGGAGGAACACACAGAGCUUCUUGGCCAUGAAGUUUGGGAUCAUACGAUAUUACUAUACUCUUAUGGCAAUCAGCAUGAAGAAUGUGUCAGGAGUGCAGGAGAGGCUUUCGAGCAGCUUGCACAUAAAUGUGGAAACAGAUAUCAUGUUCUCAACAACAGAAACAGUGGUGACAGCAUUCAGGUCAUAGAACUACUGAAGAAGAUAGAUGACAUGUUGCAAGAAAACAAGGGCAAUCACUGUGAGAUAGAUAGGAAGAUCUACCUUCUACAGAAAUGGAGGGAAGAAGAGGAUAAACGGGCAGAACAAAGACUGCUAACAACACAGAAUCAGAGAAAGAUGCUGAGAUCAAAAAUUGGAAGCACAAGCCAUAUUUCUGAGAUCAGAAUUUUGCUGACAGGUUAUCAAUAUUCUGGAAAGAGCUCAACAGGGAACACAAUUCUGGCAGAGAAGGCAUUUCCCUUAAAGAGGAUCACAAAAUGUGUAAAAAGUCAAGGAGACGUUCAAGGAAGGCAUCUUACUAUAGUGGAUACUCCAGGACGAUGGCGAAUUCACCAAGUCAAGUUUACUUCUGAGUUUUUCAAGCAGGACAUAGUGCUUAGCGCAACUCAGUGUCCACCAGGCCCCCACAUUUUGCUUGUGCUUGUCCGUUUAGCCACUUCAUUCACUGAAAACAACAGGAGGGCAAUGGAGGGCCACUUGCAGCUUUUCGGUGACAAUGUUUGGAGAUACACCAUGGUGCUGUUCACAUGUGGGGACUUUCUGGGAGAAACAACGAUUGAGCAGUUUAUUGAGAGUGAAGGGGAAGCGCUCCAGUGGCUAGUGCAGAAAUGUAACAACAGGUAUCAUGUUUUCAACAACAAGAGGGAAGAUGAUCGCUUUCAGGUUUCUGAACUGCUUGAAAAGAUUGAUGAGGUUGUUGCUAGUAAUGGUGGUGGCCAUUUUGAAGUGGAUCAGAUGAUAUUACAGGAGGUCCAAAAGAAGAGGAAGGUGGCAGAAGAACAAGCUAGAAAGAGGAGACUGAAGGCACAAGAGGAACAAAAGGGGGGAAAAAUAGCAUCUUGUUCAGAUUCUAAAAAAAGUGACAAAUUACUAAUGAGGGCCUCACUCAGUGUUCCUGACCUCAACAUUGUGCUAAUUGGUUUUGAAAGAGCUGGAAAGACCACAGUUGGAAACAUUAUCCUAGGCAAAAACAUUUUUCCCAAAAGAAAGACUUUACAGAGUGUGCAGCAACAUGGACUAGUAGCAGGAAGACAGGUUGUUGUAGUAGACACUCCAGGCUGGGAUUGGGAAAAUGUUUUGAAGAAAACGCCUGUGCUUGACUGGCAGAUAGUGCAGAGUGUUCAGACUCCUUGUUCCAAAGUCGCACCUGUUGUAUUCCUUCUGGUUGUGCGAGCAGCUCUUUCCUUCAAAGAGGUGAACAAACGCACAACAGAAGAAUAUCUGCAACUUCUUGGUGACUGUGUCUGGAGCCACACCAUAGUGCUGUUCACUACUGGGGGCUGGAUGGAAGACAUAGACAUAGAACAGCAUAUUGAGAGUGAAGGGGAUGCCCUGCAGUGGCUUGUAGAAAAAUGUGGGAACAGAUACCAUGUUCUUGACACUACAGGGAAGAAAGAAGAUGUACAAGUCCCUGAACUGAUGAGAAAGAUUGAACAAUUAGUGGCAAAUAACAAGGACUGUCCUUUUCAGUUAGAUAAAAAAAUCUGUGAGACAGUUGAGAGGAAAUACUCCAUUGUAAGCAAUCAAACCUCACAGAGGAUGUUAAAAGACAGUAAGAAAUACGGCAGCAUGAUCUGGCCUCCACCUAACAUGUGUGAUGAUGAUCAGAGCUCUGGGUAUAGCUCAUUUCAAUCUCUGCCUGGGACUUCAUCCACUCCAUCAUUAAGAUAUAACCCAACAGAGAUGGGUCAAGCUCAAGGAAUUCACUUCAGUAAGAGCAGAACUCUGGGAGACCUGUGUAUUCCAGCACGCUCAAAAGCAGACCCUGACACUACCAGUUUGAAAUCUAUAAGAGAGCGAGCAAAAGAAAAGAGACUGAAAACUGAGUCCCUGAAAUAAACAUUUAAAAAAAAAAGAAACUGUCUGUGAAAGGACUAUAAAAGCACCAUCACUCACCAAUACAAAGUUAAUGCACCAGAUUUAAACUGAUGUAUUUUUGUCAUAUGCAAUUUGAUCCAGUGAUGGAUGUUAAAGUAGGAAAAACAACAUCUAAUGAUAAAACUACUGGCAACAGCAAGUGAUAAAUAAAGGAUCUAUUGGCUUGUAAAACAUCAGCAUAUUUUACACAGUAUGUGCAAUAAGAAUAAUUUGCGAAUAUAAUGUGAAAACUGUAGAAAAUAUAUCUGUUUUCUUAAUGUUUUAUACCGUAUGUAUGCUUCAAUAGGAAAUUUAUGGUGGUUGCUAUGAUUUGUAAUUUCAUAACCUUUGUAUUAUAAGGUUCUGUCUGAGUGAAGAAUGAAUGUCAGAUAAAAUAAGGUCAUGAUACCUUGUAAUAUAUUUGUAAAGCACAACAACCUAUCCGGUAUGUACUCAGAAUUUGUAGAGGUACUUGUUAUAAAUCUUACAUGUUUUGAUAUGUCAUGGCCAGCAGGGGGAGAUAUGCUACAGGAAAUUAUCCUAAACACUGCGUACUACAGACAUACAUGAGGGAGUUAUUUUACUAUUUUGACGCACAUGAAAUGUGCUGUUGUUAUUAUUAUUAUUAUUAUUAUUAUUAUUAUUAUCUGUACAUAUGAUCCAUCUUGUACGUUAGCAGGGAGCAUUCAACUUUUGUCAACUAUCAUAAUUGUAUAACAGUAAACUUUGGCAGACAGUAUACGUUUUCCGAUUUAGUAGGUCAUACAUUUAGGAAACUGUCAAAGCAUUGUAAACAUGAUUUUUAAUAUGGCAAACAACCUUUUCCUGAGUAUCACAAUGCUCUCACCAAAAAGUGAGCAAUCCCACCAUCUGCAGUCAUUUUGGUUUUACGUAUGCAGGCGGUUCUGUUUAAAGGUCAAAUGUUUGUGUAGGUGGCACAUGCCAUUUUGACUUGGGUAGUAUUUUAAUGGCUGGGAAUGAUAACUGUUCUAUUUGAAAUGGAAACCAGUACAUGACUAGACUGUGUUUUGGUGAAGAGAGAUCUACAGUCCGCUACUACUGAGGACUAGUGGGAUCAUGUCAACACUGUGCUUAUUCACUGUCCAAAUGAAUAUAUCACUCAAUAAACAUUCAUCUAGAUUGCA